AUGCGUAUCCAAAUUCUAGGAACAGCUAUAUCAGCAGCCUUCUUGGGCUUUGGCACAGCACCAGCACAGGCUCUGAGCCCUUGUCCCCUUUUUGGACCAGAUUUUCCCAUUCCAACAGCUCUGGGUGAUGAGAUUUCCCUUAAAAAUGCCCUUUCCGAAAUCCUGAAGCUUGUUCCAAGCCUUGAUAUAGACUUCCAGAACACAUCUUUCUCCAUUGACAUCUAUCCAGCGGCAGACAAACGACCCCUUUUCAGCUAUCAUCACUCAGCUGCAUACCAUGGACACGGCGUCCAAGUCGUCAAUGAUACGACGGUUUAUCGCAUAGGAAGCAUUUCGAAAUUGCUCACGGCCUAUGUCUACCUCCUAGAGGUUGGGGACGUGUCGUUCAACCAGCCAGUCACACGAUAUGUGCCCGAGCUAGCAGAUAUCUCUGCAAAGCUGAGGAACAAGUCAGCCUAUGCUCUCCAGUAUGUGGACUGGGAUGCCGUAACCAUUGGCGCACUCGCAUCGCAUAUGGCUGGCAUACCGCGAGACUUUCCAAGCCCUGCUUCAGCGGACCACCAACUAGAACGGUUGGGGUUUCCGCCAGUUCGGCCAGUUGACUUUGCCUACUGUGGGAAAAGCGUACUGUAUCCUUGCAACCGCACUGCCUUCUUUGACGCCAUACGGACGCGUCACCCAUCCGAAGCGGCCUUUUCAACCCCUAUAUACUCCAACAUUGGCUACCAGAUCAUGGCCUAUGCGCUUGAGAAUAUAACUGGAACAGCGUAUCCUGAUAUCCUGUCACGCCAGCUCAUCUUUCCUCUCGGCUUGAAUUCUACAAGCUAUGCAAAGCCAGCCAACACCGACAUGUCUAUCAUACCUGACAGUCCAAGCAGCUCUUGGUACGAUGUUGACACGCGGGAUGAGGGACCAGCCGCUGGAAUAUAUUCGUCGAUCGCGGACUUACGCAAGAUCGGGCAGUCUAUCUUGACGUAUGAGAUGUUAUCGCCCUCCCAAACUCGACGAUGGAUGAAACCAGUCAGUUUCACUGCCGACUCAGAGGUUGCAGUUGGCGCGCCAUGGGAGAUUGCUCGUGUUCCAUCCACCAGCAAAACUAGUUGGAUGUACACCAAAGGUGGUCAGCUGGGGAUGUACAGCAGUCUGAUGGCUUUGCUGCCAGAUUGGGGCAUCGGUUUCACUGUUCUGGCUGCUGGAACCGACGCCCAGGAAGUCGUGGGAAUGAUCCCAGCUGCGAUUGUUUCAAAGCUAGUUCCUGCUUUGGAGCAAGCUGCUAAGCGACAAGCAAGGCAAAGUUAUAGUGGCCGCUACGGGAACGAAAGAAAUGCCAUGACAUUAGCUGUGCAGGACAGUCUACCAGGACUCGGUGUCACGUCCUGGCUUGUCGAUGGCCAUGAUAUGUUUGAUUUGAUUCGACUGAUGGUCUCAGAGUCGUCGACUGGCUCAGGGAAUGUCAGCAUGAGAUUGUACCCGACAGGGCUGCAGACGCAAACAGACGGAAAGACUAGACUUGAGAGCUGGCGAGCGGUCUACGAGAUCAUUGAAGUUGUCUCGUCGUCCAGUUCGUACUGUGAUAGUUGGUUCGCCGUAGAUUCGGUCACGUACGGAGGUGUAUCUAUUGACGAAUUUGUCAUCGAUCUUUCGGCCGAUGGCACCUCUCAGGGUAUUACCAAUCCCAUGGAUUACAAAGUCGUCGUCGCAGCGGUACACGCCGCGCCUGUGUUUAUGAAUAAGGCCGCUACUACUGACAAGGUUAUCGACUUGAUUGAGCAAGCGGGCAAGGAGCAUAUCGAGCUGUUGGUCUUUCCUGAGACGUUUAUUCCUGGAUAUCCGUAUUGGAUUGAGUGCUAUCCCCCCCUCCAGCAAGUAGGGGCCCUUGCCAAAUAUGCCGAUGAGAGUGUCGUUGUUCAAGACGGCGACGAAAUCGCACGCAUCUCAGCUGCCUGCCGUCGCACUGGUAUAGCCAUCAGCCUCGGUGUUUCAGAGCGCAUUUCUCAAGGUUACACUCUCUUCAAUUCUCAAGUCAACAUUGACGCAAACGGCAAUUUGCUAGGCGUACACCGCAAGCUACAGCCAACAUAUGUCGAACGCUCUGUUUGGGCGCAAGGUGGUGGCCAUACGCUACGAACAUACAAGCUGGGCGCUUCAGGACGGCCUCUCAACCUUGGCGGUCUUUGCUGUUGGGAACAUACCAUGAACGGCGCGCGCCAAGCUCUUAUCACUCAGCAUGAACAUAUCCACGCUGGUGCCUGGCCUGCCCUGUCGACAAUGGCUGGCUUCGAAGCCGUAGCUGAUUCUCAAAUCGAGGCUUUGAUGAAGGCCCAUGCCCUUACAGCCCAAGUCUUUGCCAUCACUGCGUCAAACUAUGUUGAUGAUACUUGCCUCGAGUGGAUGGAGAAGAAUCUAGGCAAGCAGGAGUUUGUCAAGGCGGGCGGAGGCUGGUCUGCUGUUAUUCACCCGUUUUGCUCAUUUCUUGCUGGGCCGCAUACUGGUGCUGAAGAGAAGCUUGUCAAGGCUGAGGUGGAUCUGUCGCAGCUUGGACAGGUCAAGGUUUGGGUGGAUGCUGCUGGUCAUUAUCAACGUCCGGAGAUCCUCAGGUUCAGCUUUGAUGACCAGCCACUUUGGGCAGAUGAAAAAUCAGCCCCCAAGAGACCUUCAACUGUUGAGAACAAACCUGAAGAAGAACCAGUGCCAAAGGAGAGUGUUUAA